AUGGACUGGCUGCCUGAGCAUCCACCCAAUUUUAUGAAGAGACAACGGGAGCCUUCUGAAAAUUCGAAGAAGGAUAAGAAAGCAAAGUUGGGGGAACCUUCUGUAUCAAGACCUCUUGUCCCUCUGAUCCCCUCCCCCGAAUCUCCAAGUAAGUCUCUGCCUUCUAACUCUCCAUCUCUUCAUUUAAGGAAACUUGCUUCUUCCCUUCCUCAAACCUCACCAAUAUAUACACACUCUGAACCUUCACCCUCCACCACCAAACCCUUUGAAACACCUACCUCCAACUCACCAUCACCCCCUCUCCAAAAAUUUAACCUCACCACCACAACCUUGCCAAUCUCUGAAGCUGAAAUGUUCAAUGAACCCAUAUCACCACCCUCUUUAACACCUUCAUCCCCACCUUAUUACACCAUCUCCUCUGACUCAGAGCCUUCUGACCCCCAAUCUCCCACUCUGGCUUAG